CCCAAUCACCAAAUCUACAGCCGUCCGAUUCCUACCGAACUGAGCUCCACUUUCCACCACGUAUAAUAUAUUCUCACUUUAUUUUUCGGAAACUCUCAUCAAGCCAGCCAUCUGCUAAGCGCCUUUUUCCCAGAGCGGAGAGUCCGUUUAUUCGGAAGUUGAAAUGUAUAUCUUACCCUUUCAAUGCUGUGAAUCGAUGCAAGCUUUAAUUUCUCGUAUGCUACAAGGACCUGUUUUUAUUACUCACAUCACUCACUCGUACACUCACACUCUUCCCUGGAGCUAAAAACCUGACAAACGAGUGUUAGGUGUAACCAACAACCACCAACUCCAUGGCUCCUUCUGUUGUGAUUAAUGGCGGAAUUUCCACCGUCAAGUCCUCUCCGGCGACGGGUCGUGUCGCUUCUGUUUAUAGCGAAGUGCAAGCGAGUCGAAUCAACCAUACGCUUCCUCUCCCUUCUGUCCUCAAAAACCCAUUCAAAAUCGUCGAAGGCCCCCAAAGCUCCGCUGCUGGCAAUCCAGAUGAGAUUGCGAAGUUAUUUGCAAAUCUGUUUGGACAACCAUCGUCAAUAUUGGUUCCAUUUGGGGCUGAUACGGUGCCUUCGGAUCAGAAGUUGAAGAUUGGUGUUGUUUUAUCUGGAGGUCAGGCACCUGGCGGACACAAUGUGAUCUCUGGAAUCUUCGACUACUUGCAGGACCGUGCAAAGGGAAGCAUAUUAUACGGGUUUAGAGGUGGUCCUGCUGGCAUCAUGAAGUGCAAAUAUGUAGAAUUGACUGCUGAUUAUAUUUAUCCCUACAGAAGUCAGGGUGGCUUUGAUAUGAUCUGUAGUGGAAGGGACAAAAUUGAAACACCUGAGCAGUUUAAACAAGCUGAAGAGACAGUAAUGAAGCUUGAUUUGGAUGGGCUUGUCGUUAUUGGUGGGGAUGACUCAAACACUAAUGCUUGCCUUCUUGCUGAAAACUUCAGGAGUAAAAAUAUGAAAACUAGGGUCAUUGGAUGCCCAAAGACCAUUGAUGGUGAUCUGAAAUGCAAAGAGGUCCCAACCAGUUUUGGAUUUGAUACUGCAUGCAAGAUAUAUUCUGAAAUGCUUGGAAAUGUAAUGGUUGAUGCUCGAUCAACGGGAAAAUAUUAUCACUUUGUACGGCUUAUGGGGCGUGCGGCUUCACACAUUACCUUAGAAUGUGCUUUGCAAACUCAUCCCAAUAUUACAAUCAUUGGAGAAGAGGUGUCUCCUUUUAUUUGUGUUAGUUUAAAAUUAUUGGUUGAUUCAGUUGUUUAUGGUUACUGAUAAUUGUCAGCAUACUACUACGAGUCAUCAGAAUUGUAACGAUGAGAUGAGAAGAGAUAACUAAUAGUUCUUUUGGUUGAGACACUAGAAGCUAGUUCUAUUGUUGGUAUUAAAAUUUCCCUUUUGAUUUAACCUAGUUAUGCUCAGAGUUGAUAUUU